GAAGCUCAGCGAGAACAGCAAUGGAGGAAUCUCUGCAAAUUCAGAGGUUGGAGGAAGCUCCUUCGGCCAGAAACUUCGAGUCUCGGAUCGAAUCCACGAACUUUCCCGCUGUUUUCAAUGGCUGUGUUAAGAAUUGGAAAGCUUUCUCCAAAUGGAAUCCAUCGAAUGGCGGCCUCGACUAUCUGCAGGAACGAGUCGGAUUGUGUGUUGUGGAGGCUAUGCUAUCUAGUUCUGCACCUGUCUUCUACGGUGAUCUUAGAAGCCAUGAGAGGGUACCGCUGCCAUUUUCUGCCUUCAUUGGUCUAUGUAAGCAACGCAUGCGUCAUUCAGAGGAUGGUUCUGGCGUUUGUUUUGAAUCAGAACAGCGUGGACUAUUGGAGCCUGUAUCUGAGUAUGACCGUAAGCCCUAUGAGGAUGCUCCUCAACAAAUAUAUUUAGCACAGGUACCAAUAAUCAAUACUGAAAAUGAAGAGAGGGUUCAGUUAGAAUCUUUGCGGGAGGAUAUCCAAACGCCUGUAUUUUUGGAGGAUAAAGUACUAGCUUCUACAAACCUGUGGAUGAACAAUGCUCAAGCUAGAUCAAGCACUCACUAUGAUCCACACCAUAACCUUCUCUGCAUAGUUUCUGGCUGCAAACAAGUGGUUUUAUGGCCUCCUUCAGCAAGUGCUAUGUUAUACCCUAUGCCAAUAUAUGGGGAGGCAUCAAAUCAUAGUUCCGUUCCUUUAGAGAACCCAGACUUUUCAAAUUAUCCAAGAGCACAAUGUUUAAUGGAGUACUCGCAGAAGGUUAUUCUUCACGCAGGUGACGCGCUUUUCAUUCCUGAAGGCUGGUUCCACCAGGUAGACAGUGAUGAUCUGACCAUUGCUGUCAACUUUUGGUGGCAGUCCAACAUAGUGUCAAACAUGUCAGAACACAUGGAUGCAUAUUAUCUGCGCAUAAUAUUAAGAAGAUUGACAGAUAAAGAAAGUGUACAUACCUCUCUCUCUCUCUCUCUCUCUCUCUCACACACACACACACACACACUCACACUCAAACACACAGAGCUAGAUAUAUAUUUGUCUGUUUAUUUAAUAUGGUGGUCAUAUUUUCUGUAUUUUCUUCUCCCCCACCUCCCUUUUAAAUCUUUGAAUCAGAAGUUUAUAAUUGAGCACUAUAAGUAUAUUUAAUUUUUAGGACAGAACCGAGUGCUGCCUAAAUCUUCUUUAGCUGAAAUGGAGAACAAGAAAAAGCAUACAUGUGUGGUGCUUAAUAAUGGAGGAGUAGAUCAGAAUGACAAUGAUUUGGAUCAGGCAUGUGAGAGAAAGGAUCUUAAAGGGAAGGAACUAGAGCAAAGAACCAUGUCUCAUGAACUGGAACCCCUCGCUAUCCAUGCUCUUCAUGAACUUGUUUCUUUAGUUCACCAUCGUGUUAAUGCUGCUGAGCUAAGACGACCAGUGCGAUCCACUUCAACAACUGAUUCUGCAGAUAGUGUGAAAGAUGAAUUCACCAAAGUUGUGAGAGCAAAUUCAUUUAGUUUGGAAGAUGACCCAGUUGCUAAAAUUAUUUGGGCUCUUCAACCGUGCACUUUUAGAAAUGUAUUUCUGGCCAUGGUGAAAAAUUUCCCAAGAACUCUGGAGGCUUUAAUACUGCACUUGCUUUCACCAGUGGGAGCAGAAGUGCUUACAUGUAAAUUUGAAGAAAUGGAUCAACAGAUCACUGAGGAAGAUCGGAACAGAUUCUACCAAGUUUUCUAUGGGGCAUUUGACGACCAAUUCGCUGCGAUGGAUGCAAUUCUAAACGGGAAAGAAUUAUUUGCACUCCAGGCAUACAAGAAUGUGUUAGAUAAGUAUUUGGGAGUGGAUUGGGGUGGGCCAAAACCCGGGGUCUGACGAAACUUCUUAAAGAAAUUGGUCCCGUAGUAUCUUGACGGAGCAAAUCGAUGCAUAUUCAUUACAGAAACUUUUUCCCCCCCUUGAAUUCUCAAGAGUACUUUACAAGUGUUCAUCCACAGGCUCCUAGAAUUCAAGUCAUCACUAGCUUUAAGCAUAUUGUUUUAUCAUUGGUUGUACAUUCUAUGUGAUUGCAUAUGCUCUGCAACUUUUAGGUUCCUGAUGCGCUAUGUGGAUUAUAGUUUUUGAGUUA